AUGUCUCGACUGCUUCAUGAAGAAAUGAAGCGGAAGGAGCAAGGAAGUAAAGGUGAUGAAGCUUCGCAAGGUCAAGCGUUCAUCACAAGGGACAAUCAGCGCAAAGGGCGACCAGUGAAGAAGUCCUGGCCGUGCCACAAUUGCGGAAAGAUUGGUCACUGGAUGGCGGAGUGCCCCUCGCGCAUCCAAGAAAACACGGAGAGACACCGGCCACAGCGUGCUCAAGACAGCGGCGACCGCUAUCGAUCACAACGUGCAAACGUCGCUCAAGAAGAAGACUCGGGCGACUACCUCUUUUCGAUCGGUGAAACGACAUCUGCGAAAUCGAGCGACAUCUGGCUGGUCGACUCCGGGGCGACGCAGCACAUGACGUGCUCCAAGAAGUUCAUGCGGAACUACAAGGGGUUUGACGCUGUGGAUGUCCAUCUCGCGGAUGAUGGAAUCGUCCAAGCAAUCGGCAGUGGGGACAUUGUCAUGUCGAUGAAGACACCCCAAGGGAUGAAGAAAGGUGUGCUCACAAACGUGUGGCACAUCCCAAAGUUAUCCAGAAACCUGUUCUCGGUCGGCCGCUUCACCAAGGAUGUCGGCCCAGUGACGUUCACGAAGGAUGGGUGCUAUGGAGAAGCGAAAGGGACCAAGUGGAAAAUUGGUGCCCGUGAAGGUAAAGGACUGUUCAAGCUGCAAAUGACUCCAGUGGCGCCGGAACAAGCAAAUGCAGCCAAGUCGUCGGGAUGUCAAGGGGGCACCAAGUCGUACCUCUGGCACCUUCGGCUUGGCCACAUAGGUCACGAUGGACUCAAUUGCAUCGUGACGAAGGACAUUGGAAUUGGCAUCGACAUAUCUUCGGUGAAGAAGUGGGACGUGUGUGAAGGUUGUGCUCUGGGAAAACAGACUCGAGUGCGCUUCCAAUCAAACACUACAGCUCGCACCUCCAAACUCCUCGAAGUGAUUCACAGCGACGUAUGCGGACCGAUGUCGAUGGCAACUUUCAGUGGAAAACGGUACUUCGUGACAUUCAUCGAUGACAAGUCAAGGUACUGUGUCGUCUAUCUGCUCAAGAGCAAAUCUGAAGUUGCGGCGAAGUUCAUGGAAUACGCUGCGAUGGCCGAAACGCAAACCGGAAAGCGCGUGAAGUACCUUCAAAGCGACAAUGGGGGUGAAUACAAGUCCGACAAGCUGGCACGAUUCUGCGCGGAACGGGGAAUACAACAAAGGUUCACACCCCCAUAUACUCCUCAGCUAAACGGAGUAGCUGAGAGAAUGAAUCGCACUCUGGUCGAGUGUGCGCGUUGCAUGAUGGAACACGCUGGACUGGGAAAGAGCUACUGGGGUGAAGCAGUGAUGACGGCGAUGUUUCUUUGA